AUGGAGCGGCCUGAAGAAGUGCGGAAAGUCUUGAACUCUGUCCAGGAGCGUGUUAUUGGGUUUGUUGAGCAGGCAGACCGCGCGUUACAGGUACCAGGACAGAAAAAUGGUGAUGAUUCUCAGCCAAAGAUUCUCGACUUUAAGUCCCCAGAAGAGCUUAAGGCGGUAUUCGGUGAAGGUUUAACAAGUUCGGGGCAAGGGCAUGAUGGACUUGUUCGAAUUGUAGAUGACCUUCUAAAGUACUCCGUCAAUACCUGGCAACAAGGAUUUCUGGACAAGCUUUAUUCAUCACCAAACGCUCCUGGCUUGGCCGCAGAGUUGCUCCUUGGGACAUUGAAUGCCAACGUGCACGUCUAUCAGUCGGCCCCAGCAUUGACAGUGAUCGAAAAAUUGACCACACGGCGAUUUGCUGAGCUUUUUGGCCUUACCGGACUAAACGCUGGUGGAAUCGCUGUUCAGGGAGGCUCUGCAUCCAACACUACGGCCAUUGUUGUGGCAAGGAAUACUUUAUUCCCUGAUACCAAGAAGAACGGAACAGGCGAUCAUCGAUUUGUUUUAUUUACGAGUGCUCAUGGACACUAUAGCAUUGAGAAAGCGGCGCAAAUGAUCGGACUAGGGAGUAACGCGGUUCACAGUGUACCUGUUGAUCGUGAAGGACGAAUGAUUCCACAGAAGCUUGAUGAGGAGAUCCAGAAGGCAAAGGACGCCGGUAAAACCCCACUCUUCGUCAAUGCCACUGCCGGGACCACAGUUUUAGGGACUUUCGACCCUUUUACGGAAAUUGCUGAGAUUUGCCGCAAACAUAAACUCUGGUUUCACAUUGAUGGAGCUUGGGGUGGUGCUUUUAUCUUUUCUAACCGCCAGAAACAUAAGCUUGAAGGCUCACAUAUGGCCGACAGUAUUGCCAUAAAUCCUCACAAAAUGCUCGGGGUGCCAUUGACUUGCUCCUUCCUCCUGGGUGCUGAUAUGACUCAGUUCCACGGAUCAAACACACUUCCCGCUGGAUACCUAUUUCAUAAUGACGUGUCUGAUGGCUCUGAGAUAUGGGAUCUGGGUGAUCUGACUUUGCAAUGUGGCCGUCGUGGUGAUGCCCUGAAAAUGUUCCUGAACUGGAAUUACAUCGGCUCGUCGGGGUACGAAGAACGAAUUGAUGCUGCAAGCGAUGUUGCUGUUCAUCUUUGCAACCUCAUUGCGGAUUCUCCGGAUUUAAUUCUUCUCAGUGAGAAUCCGCCACCAUGCUUCCAAAUCUGUUUCUUCUAUGCACCAUUUAAACAGAUGGUCCACAGUUCCGACAAGGUGGCAGACGAAGCAGAACGGGGAAAGCUCAACGGAGAGAUUACUUCCAUGAUCGCCAGCGAUCUGAUCCAGCAAGGAUUUAUGGUUGACUAUGCGCCACCAGCUGCAGCACAGGUUGAAGGAGACGGCAAAUACCUCAGAUGUGUCGUCAAUCUUCACACUAAAAAAGAAACAGUCGAACGUCUUGUCGAGGUAGUUUUGGAACUGGGCGCCAAAGCAGUCAGGAAGCAGCGUGGGCUAGAGUUGAAUUCGAACUUUGUAAAUCCAAACCAGGCUCCAGCGCCUGGCCAACGACCAAAAAACCCUCUUGAAAUGGGCCGUGGGGCCUCAAGGCGCUCCGGCUGCUUCAGAUUUUGUGCUUUGACGGAAUGCUGUGACCGAGUUAUGAUGCUUAUCGGGAUUUAUCCUUUCUAA